CCAUCCGAACUAUCGUGAUAAAAUGUAGUUUACAUUAUGAUUUUAUUGUUGUUGGUUUUGUCGUUUUGUACCGCUCUGUGCAUUGAAGACGACAUAGGCUACGGAUUGAACAUUGGGAAUGCCAUUGAUUUGUUCGCGAACUAUGGCGAUCUGUCGCAAGUCACUCAAGUCGUCUCGGCGGACUAUGAAAUGGAAGAUGAACCCAUUAUCCCCUUCAGCGAGAAGAACAUUCGCGUCUUCGCGAAUGUGUCCAGUAGAAUCGUAAUGGGCGACAGCAUCACCAACAUAGACGUCCUGCUCUGCGAAAACUUUGAAGAUCUACUCAAUGUGUAUUUUCAGAAUUUCAAAAUUGAGGGGACCAGCAAACCUUGGAAGGCAUUCCUCGGCGAUUGGAUUCACGAUGAGAUAAUGAGGACUUUCGGCAUUGAAUACGACAUGAAGUCGGACAACUGCUGCUACGUUCUGGUGAAGCUGACCAAGAAGCAUCGUACCGUAGAGCUUGAAGACCUGGAAGGUAUCCGGGUCAGGGCGUACAUACAGAGAGCUAUCGACAAACUAGACAUCAACGAUCCGGCAGAAAUAAGACGAUUUAUGAAGAGCUACGGCACCCACUAUAUUGAAUCUUUUGUGACAGGCAAUUUUAUUUAUCAGGUAUUCAAAUACAAACGGUCAGGCUACAAUAGACUGAGGUCGUACAUUAGAAUAAGAAACAGUCGCCCCACUCUACCUGACAACCUCAGGUUUUAUUUCUCGUCUUAUUACUUGAAGCACGUCGGCGACAUCAAAGUGGCGAGCGGUAAUAAAACAGUGGAGUUUUGGGCGCGGCGUAAUCUCAGAGACAGCCAGUAUCUGUAUUCACGUCCCAGUCUACUUCGUCUGUAUUACAACACGAAUCUUCUUUACCAACUCAAUGACAUGCUAGACCACGGCGCUCUGAUUGGCCUUAAACUCAAAACUUUAAGACCCAUGUUCGAAGACAGUGCAAUGGCCGAAAAAUUCGCGGAAAUCGUUGAAAACGACCUGCAGUUAUGGGAAAUCAAUGCUUAGUACAAUAAACUUAAGGUGGUUAACGCUUUGAAAGCAUUGUAUUAGUGACGCACCAGUAGCUGCAUUAAAUCGUGGGUAGAAUUAAUGUAAUAUUAUUUUGUUAAUAAACGAAUUGUUAUUAUGAAAUGAACUCUUAAA